AUGGGGUCGAUUCAAACAUCAUCACCAACACGCACCUGUCUCAAUCCCCCUCCGCUGGUAAUGGGAGGGGCAGGCUUUAGUUACCAGCUACACCCCGAACCACAGUCCCUCCCGAUCACCAAGAUUCUCCGGCGCGCAUUUGAGCUUGGUGUCCGUACCAUCGACACCUCGCCUUACUAUGAGCCCUCCGAGCAGCUUAUGGGUGCUGCCCUCUCACACGCAGACAUCCAGUCCAAGUAUAAGCGUGGCGACUAUGAGCUCAUGACGAAGGUCGGCCGGAUCAAAGAGAAUGAAUUCAACUACUCGCCAGACUGGAUCCGCAAAUCAGUCGCUCGGUCUCUGGAGCGUUUCCAGACCACGUACUUGGAUGUUGUAUUCUGCCACGACGUCGAGUAUGUAUCCGUCGAUGAGGCCGUCACCGCCGUGGGCGUCCUCCUGGAACUCCAGCGCGCUUGUGUGAUCCUCCGCGUUGGGAUAUCAGGAUACGACAUUGAUGUCCUGGCAGAGGUUGCUAACACGGUGCGACAACGUUAUGGACACCCCGUCGAUGUUGUGCAAACAUGGGCACAGCUUACACUCCACAAUACACAAGUCGAGACACGUGGCUUCGAGCUGUUCCGUGCUGCUGGUGUAGAUUCUGUCUAUUGCUCAAGUCCGUUGGCUGUUGGUCUGUUGAGAAGUGGCGGCAUUCCCACGGGCUUGACGGGCGACUGGCAUCCCGCGCCAGGAGGCUUGCGAGCGGCCGCGGCUGAAGCUGCCAAGUGGGUAGAAAGGCAUGGAAACGGAGAGUCUCUCUCGUCUGUUGCGUUGCAAUAUGCAAUCCUGAAAGCUAGACAAAACUGCACAUCUUCUUUCACAGUAUCCACAAUUACAGGUAUCAGCACGUUGUCGGAUCUGGAGCAAAACGUCGCAGCCGCCAAGAGGAUACUAGAAGCGGCUCCUUUCACUUGUGACGAAGCGUCCGAGAGCUUACAGAGCUACAGCCAGCUUGACCAGCAGACUCUGGAGCGCAACGGGCCCCUGUUUGAGCGAGUUCGCUCGAUCCUUGGGGAAUGGAUAGAUUACGACUUCUCAGGCGGCAAAACCAAGGCGAAGGAAGAGGUUAGUCCCCCGAAUGACACCAACGGUGCCAACAAAGACGCUGUUCAAGUGAGUGCGAUGGAGAAGGAUAGCUUGACACAGCCCACAGCGAUUCAGGCUGCAGGAUAG